AUAAAAAAUUGUAAACAUCAAACAUGUGCGUUUCGGCGAAAUUGCUAUUUGCAUGAAAUAUGUUCUCUAAACGUGAAAUUUCUGCCAUUUAAAAUAUAUUUCUCGCGAUAAAUUUUCAAAAGUACAUCACCAUCUGACUCUCGACCAUCUCUGAAAAUUCUGUAACCCUCGAAAUGUCUACAGCUACAAAACGGAAACUAACAUCGAUCGAAAACUGCACCGAAAGUAAAACACCUAAACUAAUUUCCAUCAGCUUCGGACCCUCUUUCAGGAAGAGACUUAAGACCGAAAAUGCCAUCAAUGCUAUAAAAGAAUUCGUAGAAACGAAUAAAGAACGCGAUGUAGUCACCGAAUACAUAAACGCUGGCGGUAGUGCCAAAGAAAUCGUUUCAUUGAUGAAACAAUUCGAUGGCAAGAAAGAUCUAACCGUAGCUAAUCCUCUUUUAUCAGCAUUAGAAUGCAUCGUGUUCAAAUGCAAUACGGAUUUGUUACUGAUACAGAAAAAUGUAGAAGAAGCAUGCGAACAGCUACUGUGCGAUUAUCAGCACACUUUGCAGAAUAUGCUGAGUAGUGUGAAUAGCACAACUAGUCAUCGAAAAGUAGUUCUGAAGCUUUUCACAGGAAUGGUUAAUUUGAGCAACGGAUUAGCUAAACGAUUACUAACGUUGUUUCCCAUAAAUGUAAAAACGAUGCAAAUCUUAACCGAUACGAGAGCUUCUUCGGCUAAAUUAAGGACGUGUUUUAUUCAUUAUCUGUUAUCGUUCUUGGUCGACGAUAAUAUAGUGUUGAUAUCGGAACUGCUCCAGAAGAAAGGACUGAUGACUUGUAUUAUGCCUGGUUUGAUUAACGAUCCUCCGGAUAUCAUUGUACUAGUUUUGAACACAUUACGUUUGAAAAUCGUCGAAAAUAUUAGAAUAUCGAAAACUCAUAAACUACAUACCUUCAAUACGAUGGUACUCCGAGCACUGGAUAAGCUUUACGAUUACAGUAUUUCUGCAGGAGAGUCUACGGAGGAUCAUGAAUUAAUCGCUAACGUUGAAGAAACAGUGAAAAAUUCGGUGCAUUCGUUACUAAUGACACUUUGUACGUCGAGUAAAAUAGGUAUUUUGUUCAGAGAACGCGGUUCGGUGGCUGGGAAAAGCCCCAAUCAAUUGAUUUUUACGUUAUUAGAAAGCAUGCCAACCCCUUGGGAUCAUCCUUUACGAAGUGAAUUGGUCACCGAGAUACUUAAAUUUUGUCCGGAAUUUAUGAAGUUGAUUUAUCACUCAGCUGAACCUUAUAUUCAACCAAAUAUUUCACUUAAGUGGAUCAAUUUGAUCAAUUUCAUGGAAAAGAUGAUAGAGAAACAAGAAUUACCAUCUGAGAAUAUAGACGAUCAGAAAGCAAUGAGUUUUAUUUCCUCGUCCAUAUUCAUACCUCAGAUACAAAAAUUACUACGAGAAGUGAACGAAGAUGAUGUACAUUCUCAUCCUUUGAUCAGAUUCCAUAUCUUAUCCCUUAUUCGAUGUUUACUUUUGAAAUUGAAGACCAUUUUGAGAGAUUAUACGAGCAAGUAUAAUACUAAAAGUACUUUUGAGCUGCAAGUCGAUAACUUUUUGAAUAAAUAUCUGGUACCGAGCCCUUGCAUAUUAAAAGCUUACAAAAGUGGAUUACAAAAUGCUCAAGAGGAUCCGCAAGAAUCACAUCAGCUACCGGAGCUCGACGAGUAUUUAUCUUUAGCUGCAGAUGUCUUAUUACUUUACAGUGAAACGUCGCCUUUGAAUUUCAAUCAGUUACGAAUACAGGAAAACAUCGAUUUGACGACUGAAUCUAAAAACCCGGACCUUCUGUUUAAAUUAGCUCAACUAACGUUUCAAAUUCACAGUCCAGAGCCAGGCCAGGAUCAGUUUUCGUUCAUGAUGAAUCAGUUCUUACAAUGCUACGUAACCGGUGCUAAUUCCGAGCAAGAUGGCGUAAUUCAGAAUGUCCUCCUGGCUACCGGAUUUUUCGACGGGUUCGAAGAAGAGAUAAUAGUUUGGCUCUACUGUUUCAAAAACGUUUCGUCCGAUGGAGCUUCUGUUAUCAGCAAUUUAAUCGUCAAUACUCUCAGCGUAUUAAGCAAAAAAAAUGAAAAAUUUAUCAAAGAUGUGACCUCGGUUAGUUCGUACGAAGAUACAGAUCUCAACGUAUCUAGUAUCGGGGAUGCUGCUGUGUUCGCCGAAGAAUACGGAAGUUUGAUGGAUUUCGCUAACGAUGAAUUCGAAACAGUUACAAUAUUACCGGUGAAAUUGAGCCCGGUCGUGCCAGCUUUUUUGUACGCUUUGAAAAAUACCAAAACGAGCAACAAGAACGAGACGAAAAUCGUUCAGAAUUUUGUUUCCUCUGUUCUGGUGAAUUUAUUACACACUCAGUGCUCUUGCUACGGAUUGGCAACAUUGAUUGGCAAAUACAGUAAUUCUUAUUUGACGAAAAAUCUGCUCGAGUAUUUAAAUUACUGGAAUAUCGAUUCGGAAAUAGAUUCGCUAAAUUCUUCGGUCAUUCCUGAUGCCAUUACACAACGUUUCUUCAGCAGAUUAAUGACUUCGAAAAAAUCCCAAGAUUCGAUCGAAUCAUUCUUCCAAGAUUUAAACGAAAUGGAUUGCAUAUCAUUAUGGAACGCUUGUCUUUUCUACGCGAUUCAAUUACGAAGGAAACAAAUUCUAGAAAAGCCCCUAAUCUCAGAAAUUAUCUCAACGUUAGCUUUCAUCGGAGCCAAACUCCAGACACAAAGUGCCCUGUGCCUAAAAUUGCUUCUGACUAAUUACAUUUUUGUAAACGGAUUCUCCAUCGAACGAAGUAAAUCAAACGCGUUUACUGAAAUCGUUCUCAAAACAGUAAUCAAUUUUCAAAAUCAUCAAGUCGCCUUAGAUUACUGUUCCAAGUUCUUAUCUCCGUUCAGGCUCAAAUUCAUGUUAACGAUACUGGAAAAAAUCAGAAGAAAUAAACGCAUAAAAAUUAAUUGCGAAGCUUACACCAUCGAUGAUGUGAUCAAAUUCAUAGCUCUGUCUGGUAAACAGGCCACCGAACUUUUAUCCAGACUUGUACAUCUUCCAGUCAACAUUUUACUGAAUGAAAAACAAACAAAAUUAUCCGAAUGGUUCGAUCUGAUGAAAUGUUUGUUCAACGAAGCCGUUUCCAGUCUCGAAUAUCCCUUGACAAACGAAGAUUUUAAUUUGUUGAUCGUGAAAAUGAUCGAAAUACUCGAAUGCAAUGUUUCAACAGACGAUCUCGACGAAACGAUUAUUUCUUAUUUGAGUGCUUUUCCUCAUCACGUUCAACAUUUACGCGAUGAGGACGUUGAAAAUCUGCUCAAACAUCAUCCUGGAAUCAAUAAAUUGGCAGUUUUUCUCAUUCAGUAUCGUCCCAGUUGCUUGGAAGCCCUGCAAUCGAAGCUCUUACCUAUUGAGAAUCACCUAAACGACAUCGAAGGUUUAUUAGACGUUUUGAAUAAAAUCGACUUGAUUGGAGAAAUCGACGAUGAAAUCUUAUCACAAGUUUAUCGAAGCGAAAUCUGCGAUUUGAAUAAAUUAUUAGACGGAUGCCCUUGGCUGGAACAAAAUAAAUCGCUGAUUUUGAAAAUCAUUCAGCAAUUCGGCGAGAAGAAAAAAUGUUCGAAAUUGUGCAACAUUCUGGAAUCAAAUUGGCCCGAAUACGAGCUCGAUGUGAAUAAAUAUGCAAUUUUGAGAAUAAUUUUCGAAAUAGCUUUGAAAAGCGAAACCUUGGUAGAGCUUUCGUUGGCUAAAUUGAAUCAACUUUUAGCAUCUGGUGAUCAAACGGAUUGGCUUUGUGAAGAAAUCCUGCUCAUCGUAGAGCUGCUAGAAAAUGUGGAAUUCGUCUUAAAACUCGAUGUAUGGAAAGAGUUCGUGAAAUCGUCGCUGAAACACGGUUUACAUUCCCAGAAUGCUUUACUAAUCCGAGUCCUGAGAGUAUUCUGUGCCAAAGUAUUCGAGAACGGUAACGCUGCCGAAGAAUCUAGUAUUAUUUUCCAAAUGACCAUAUCGCAUUCUGAAUUCAUCGACGUGAUGUUGGGAGAUUCGGAGAUGAAAUGUGACCUGGUUGAACUUCUAAUAACUCUAACCACCUUGAAUACCUCUUUAAUGGCAUCCAAUCACGUGCCUCUGCUUUUAGGAGCGUACAAAGCCACCCUUUCGAAAUGUGAUCAAGCUAUUUUUCAACUUCUCCGAGUCUACGAAGAUAACGGUAUUCGAUUCAGCGACUGUAGACCUUAUUUAUGGGGAGAUGCUGCGGUCACCCAUCAUAGUAUUCGGACCGAAAUCAGCGUAUCUUUGAAACGACUCCCAUUACCAGGCCAAGUGCUCGAAUUACUGGACGGCGAAUUGAUUAAAAACACUAUUCGAUAUUUUCCUCUGGACCGUUCUUUAAAACCUGAAGACUCUUACGUCGCAUACGAUCACAAAAUGUACGAUAUUUCGUUCAUGUUACCUGUAAUGAGUCAUUUACUAGCUCCAGAGUCGAGAAUCAGUGUUCAGAAGUUUACUCGAACCGGUGGAUUGGCUUUGAUUAUCUGUGCCUUGGCUAAUCAAGCCGAAGAUACUAGAAUGGCAGCGUAUCAUUGCUUGCAACGAUUCAAAGCUCAUUUGUUCGGCCGUGAAAAAGAAAUCCAACUAUGGGAUCGUUUCGUUAGUUCUUUACAAACUGGCGUCUGUAGCAAUCCACCCGAAGACAAUACUCCACCUCGAUUACCCUGCAUAGUUACCGUAUUUUUAGCUCAAAUGUCUUUAGUAAUCGGCGAACCCCUCCACCCUUUGUACAUCUCGUUGACCAAGUUCCUUUUGGCCAAACCUUGCUUCGAUAUAGCCACCGUACCAAAUUUCCUAGCCUUAUUUUACAGCAUAGAUGAAAAACGCAGGGAUCAACAAGAAUGGAUAUUGAACGUGAUCAAGUACGGAAUGCGAUGCAAAGCUGAUUGGGUCGUGUCGCAGAAAUGCUUUUUAUUCAAAUUACUCCUGCAGUAUAGUUUCUCCGCCGUUUCCAGUGAACGUAUUAAUCUUCUAAUCCUCGACAUCAUCACAGCCGGCCUGCGAAUCCCCGAAUGUCGUCAAGAUAUCGUCACCAAAUACGGUUUCCUUCCAUGGAUCAGCCAAACCAUCCGCCAAACGUCCUCCAGGGCUGUUUUAUCUUCGAUCGUGCCAAUGCUGGGGUUACUCAGCAGCUCGAAAAACACCUCGAACGUGAUCUUCCUCAUCUCUCAACUACUCCACAAACUUCGACAAGUACCCAUACCCGAUGAAAGUUUAGUAGCACUGCUAAGCACUUCGACACGAAUCCACAGCUGGAGCAAAGUUAAGGACACCUCUAGUAGGACAGUUCUAGUCGCCAUAAUAGAAAUCCUCGGCUUACUCAGCGAGUCUGGCAGGAACUCUUCUAACGUAAUCUGCGUCGUUACUCAGCUGCUUUGUAAUCUACGUGGUGUACCUAUUCGAGACGAAAGCUUGAGGAAGACGAUGGGUAUCGGUAAUAGUAGUAAAUCACGUGAUAAUUGUGACAACCACUUCGUACGUAUUUUAAGGUGUUACUUGGAGACUUGAAUACAGUACUUUUUUUCCCCUUUUUUUUUUAAA